AUUGUGCGCAUGAGGGAGACAGUGAGGAUAUCCAGGCAGGAGGAGGAAAGGGACAUAAAGAGAGGAAGGAAAAGGGGGGCAGGAGGUAAAAGACAAGAGAAGGGGACCCAGAUUAAGAAGGAAGAUGGCUGAGCCGGAGUUGAAAUCACGGAGCAGCCGGGAGAGCGUUGCCAAGGCAGCAAGCCAGGAGAAGAUUGGAGCAGUUGAAGCGGACCCAAACCAAGAUGGUCUGAUUAUAGAGCAGCCUGCGUCUCCAUCUACCCACAUGGUCCCUGCUCCCACCGCCACAUUCCCUGCCACCGACUCGCCCGCCAAAGGGGAGAAGAUUGUGCUCAAACGCAGCAUCACCCUCUUCAAUGGUGUGGGAAUGAUCAUCGGCACCAUCAUUGGCUCUGGCAUUUUCGUCACUCCAACAGGCGUGGUCAAAGAGACUGGUUCAGCUGGGCUCUCCCUGAUUGUCUGGUCUGCCUGUGGCGUGAUCUCUACCAUGGGCGCCCUAUGCUACGCUGAGCUUGGCACAACCAUCACCAAGUCGGGCGGGGACUACACUUACAUCCUGGAGGUGUACGGCGAGCUGGUGGCUUUUCUAAAGCUGUGGGUGGAGAUGCUCAUCAUCCGGCCGUCAUCACAGUACGUGGUGUCGCUGGUGUUCGCCACCUACCUUCUGAAACCUCUGUACCCAAACUGCCCCGUGCCUGACAGUGCAGCCAAACUCAUUGCCUGCUUGUGUCUAACCUCCCUGACGUUUGUGAACUGCAUCAGUGUGAGAGCGGCCACCAAGGUGCAGGACUUGUUCACAGCCUCCAAAUUACUAGCCCUGAUCAUCAUCAUCAUCUUUGGCUUCAUCCAGAUUGGCACAGGAGAUGUGCCGUACCUGACACCGGAAAAAGCAUUUGAAGGCAGCAAACUGGGAGUGGACAAUAUUGUCUUGGCUCUGUACAGUGGACUCUUUGCUUUUGGAGGCUGGAAUUACCUGAAUUACGUGACCGAGGAGAUGAUCAAUCCAGAGAGGAACCUGCCCUUGUCCAUCAUCAUAUCCAUGCCUAUAGUGACGGUGGUGUACGUUUUGACCAACCUGGCCUACUUCACCACCAUCUCUCCUGAAGAAAUGGUCGAGUCUGAGGCGGUUGCUGUGAGUUUUGGGGAGUACCAUCUAGGUGUGAUGUCCUGGUUGAUUCCUGUCUUUGUGGGACUGUCCUGCUUUGGAGCCGUCAAUGGAUCCCUGUUCACGUCAGCAAGGUUGUUUUAUGCCGGAGCUCGAGAGGGUCAACUCCCUGCUGCUCUGGGUUUGGUCCACACAGACCUCUUCACACCAGUGCCGUCCCUCAUCUUCACAUGUUUGCUGUCCAUGAUGUACACCAUCUCGAAGGAUAUCUUCUCUGUUAUCAAUCUCUUUAGCUUCUUCACCUGGCUGUGUGUUGGUAUGGCCAUUGCCGGCAUGCUCUGGCUGCGCUAUACCAAGCCCGACCUCAGAAGGCCCAUUAAGGUGUAUCUGUUCAUCCCUGUGACUUUCGUUUUGGGCUGUGUCUUCAUGAUCGUUGUGUCCUUCUGGGCAGCCCCGUUUGAGUGUCUGGUAGGCAGCAGCAUUAUUCUCACAGGCAUCCCGGCGUACCUACUGGGCUACAAGUGGAAGAAACCUCACGUGGUGAAGAAGGUGCUGGAAAUCUUCACCAUGUUCUGUCAAAAGAUCUUCAUGUCUGUUCCUGAGGAGAGGGAGCUGCAUGAGGUGGCCGAAUAACGCUGGACAGACGAGAUGAACAAGAUGAUGGACCGUGUCAAUAUUUGUGUCUGAACAUUUUUGACAUGUCGACAUUCAUUCACUUCACUAAAGCAAUUUCUUUUAAAACUUUAACUAACCAGGCAUGUAACUGUGAAGCAAAUUGAUAUUGAUAAGUGCGGCUUGGCAAUCUCGGUAAAGUAUGAAGGCAUAUCUUUGACAAUUACAUCUCCUUUAAUCCUAGAACAUGCUUACAUUUAGCCUGUUAGUGAGUUAAAGGAGAGGCAUGCCCUGAUUUUAAAUUGUGAGUAAGUAUGUGCUGCCAACACAGUGUUAGAAGCUGCAUUCAGAUACUCUAGCGGCCUAACAUACAAGUUUAUUGUUCAGCUAAAGUGUACAGAUAAGUAGCUUAGCGAGACAAGGCAUUUGAUAACUACAAACGACACAUAGUUUAAUAUAGUUUACAGUUUUAUAGAAUAUGAACGCUACUAACCUGUGAGUUAAAACUGAGGACUUUCUGCAACAGUUAAUGAUGUACGGACUAAUUUCAAUUAAAACGACCUCACAUAAGAUACAAAGACAGCGCACGGUGUAUAAAUAAGGCCAGGGUCGGAGGAGGCAAGGGUUAACUAGCAUAACACUGAUUACAUUAUAUUCAUAUGCUACUAAUAUUUGUGUUAAUUACAACUGAUUUUGAUAUUUGUACAUUUUUUAGUAUUCAUUUGUAAAAUGAAUCCACAGCACUACGUGAAAGCACAAGCUAAAGUGAGACAAAAGAGUGUAUGUAAUAUUUACUGAAGAUGCGUUGCUGUGAAGCAGGUCUGUUUCUUGUAUCAUUUUACUCUCACAUCACACCAUGUCAGUGUCAUGCAGUGCUCCAUAUGUGAUGGUAUUUGAUGAAAUGACAGUGAAUACCAGCAGCUGUUUGUAAGGCGUUCUUAUAAGAAACUGAAGACCUGCAUAGACGUCCUUCUGGUUGUAUUUAGAAAACUCAAUUGUCGUGUUAGUGUUUUGUGUUGUUUGUAUAUAUUAUCUGUGCCAGCAAUUGUAGUACUGACAAUCUGUUUUUUUUUGUUUUUUUUAUUGUCACUAUAAGUCCGGAAUGAAUGUUCCUAAUUUAGUGACAUCAGCUUUGCUUUUAUAUUUUACCGAUAAAAUCUUACUUUUAAACGGAAUAUCUGAGGUUUUCCUAAAUUGUAAAAACAUUGUCAAUUUACUCAAAAUCCCAGAGGAAAACCGUCUCAGAGGGAAAUGAAGGAGGGUGGAGGUUUGUUGGGAAAGUUUUCUAGAAUUUGCACAGAAUAGAGACAGUCCUCUGAAGAAUCAGACAAUCACAGUUUUGCAGGACACUGUCAAAUCAAAUACAUGAGCUGAAAUUGGGUAAUAAUCCAUAUUGGUUUGAGACAUCAAAGAGAAAAUUGAAAUAUUUUCAACAUGAAUUAAGCCAAAGCUUUCAGAAUUUUGAACAACAGCUGAAUGAGGGAAAGGCUGAAAGUCAUAACAUCAAUGUUGCAGCGAGAGAUGAAAUGUGGCAUUUCUACAACCGUCAUUAUAUAUUCUUAAGGAAGUUGGACCGAGUUCUCACAACAAACUAGACAACAAUCAGCGUUUAGCAGUGGAAAUAAAUCUACCUGUAAACAUAGUGGGUUGUAUUUACCAUCCAAUGACAAUGACACCCAUAAAGGCCUCUAAUGUUAACACCAGAUUGAAAGAAAAGCUGAUACGAAAGUUUCAUACAAAUUUUGGAACAUACUGCACCUUUUCCACUCCACGAUUUAUUAAAUGUCAUAUACUGAACCAUGUAAAAACCUCACAAAAAUGCAACUUUUACUGAUACAAUAAGCAGUUAUUUGCCUUAUCGGGUUAUUUGCGUAUAUUAUCACAUCACCACUGGUGGACAGUAAAUUAGUACAUUUGCUCUAGUAAAUAUUGAAGUACUUUACUUAUUUAUUCAACAGCCAGAUAGAUAGUAGCACAACAAUUAACAGCACAAUAGUGAAAGAACUAAUCUAAAAAUACACAUUUUAUCAUUCAUUGACUACCCAUCGUAUAUUUCAUGGUAUGCAUAACAUACUGUAUCUCUGUGAACAAAGUGCUACUGUGUGUAUGAAUCAAUAAGACCUAUUUGCCCAAUAAAAGUGUUCUGGACAAAAAAAUAUAA